AUGCUUCCAUUCUUACAGGAAACAAGUAUUGGAAAAUCAUUAGGGAGUAGUGAAGAUGAAGCCAUCUUAGUAGGAGCCAUUGCAGGGGCUGCAAGUUGUUGUCGUAGAAAGAAACGAACACACAAAAACCCAAAUAAUGGCGAUUAUUAUAAACAAAAGUCGAGUGACAUUCCACUAAAGAUGCCACCACCACCUUCAAGUGGUUCAGAGUUUAAGCAACCACCACCACCACCACCCAUGGGGUUAGGUAUGAGUAGUUUCACAUAUGAUGACAUGGCGACAGCGACACACGGGUUUGAUAGGUCUUUGCUUUUGGGGGAAGGUGGAUUUGGGUAUGUUUACAAAGGGGUGUUACCUAAUGGGAAGGAGAUAUCUGUGAAGAGCCUUAAGCCCAAUAGUGAUCAAGGUGAACGUGAAUUUCAAGCGGAGGUUGAUAUUAUAAGUCGUGUGCAUCAUCCCCAUCUUGUAUCUCUUGUUGGAUAUUGUGUAUCUGGGAAAAAAAGAUUGUUGGUUUAUGAGUUUAUACCUAAUCGUACUCUUGAAUACCAUCUUCACGACAAAGGUCGCUCGGUUAUUGACUGUUCAACAAGAUUAAAGAUUGCUUUGGGAGCAGCCAAAGGCUCCGCUUACCUUCAUGAAGAUUGCAAUCCCGGAAUUAUCCAUAGAGACAUUAAGGCCGCAAAUAUAUUAAUUGAUAGCCAGUACGAGGCCAAGGUGGCAGAUUUCGGUUUGGCAAAGCUUUCAUCUGAUGAUAACACUCAUGUCUCAACACGCAUCAUGGGCACAUUCGGGUACCUGGCACCUGAAUAUGCAUCCACGGGUAAGCUGACAGAGAAGUCAGAUGUGUUUUCCUAUGGAGUUGUGCUCUUGGAACUGAUUACUGGAAGAAGACCUGUGGAACCAGAUAGUGAUGAAGAUAGCUUGAUCGAUUGGGCUGGGCCUACCCUGAUGCAAGCGUCAGAAGGGGGAAGUUAUGAAGAGAUGGUCGAUCCACUUUUGAGGGGUAACUAUAACAGGGACGAGAUGCAUCGAAUGGUAGCAUGUGCAGCUGCUUGCCUUAGACAUGCAGCAAAGAAACGCCCUAAAAUGAGCCAGAUUGUGCGUGUCUUGCAAGGCGAGAUGUCGUUGGAUGAAUUGAACGAAAGUGGUUAA